GCCCCGGCGGAGGAGGGGCCGGAGGGAGGCAGCGGCCGCCGCCGCCCCCCCCGGCGGCACGUGUACUGCACCGUCUACUGCGUGGAGAACGACCGGCCAGCGGCGGUCCCCGGCUCCCCCCGCGGCGGCCCGGCUGUCGGGCAGCCCCCGGCGCGGCGCGGGGUGGUAUCGGGCGACGACCCGCUGUCGUCGGGCGGCAGCAUCGAGGUGGUGGACYUGUUCUUGCUGCCCGAGCCCUUCUCCGGGCUGAUCGCGGGCGAGUUCGGGCCGCUGCUGGUGCUGAGCUGCCGCGUGUGCCUGGAGGAGAAGCCCAUCAAGCCCCUGUCCUGCUGCAAGAAGGCGGUGUGCGAGGAGUGCCUCCGGCGGUACCUCAGCUCCCAGGUGCAGCUGGGACAAGCGGAUAUAAAAUGCCCCAUCACAGAGUGCAACGAACACCUGGAUGAAACAACUGUCCUAUAUAAUCUCCCCCAYGAUGACAUCAUCAAGUACAAAUACUUCCUGGAACUCAGCCGCAUUGACUCCAGCACCAAGCCAUGCCCUCAGUGCAAGCACUUUACAACCUUCCGGAGGAGRGGCCACAUUCCUACCCCUGCCAAAUUGGAGAACAAAUACAAAAUCCAGUGUCCAUCUUGCCAAUUUGUCUGGUGUUUCAAGUGCCACUCUCCCUGGCAUGAAGGCGUUAACUGCAAAGAAUACAAGAAGGGAGACAAGCUGUUACGUCACUGGGCCAACGAAAUCGAACACGGGCAGAGGAAUGCCCAGAAGUGUCCAAAAUGCAAGAUCCACAUCCAGAGAACCGAAGGGUGUGACCACAUGACCUGUUCACAGUGUAACACUAAUUUCUGUUACCGUUGUGGGGAGAGAUACCGYCAGCUCCGCUUCUUCGGAGAUCACACAUCAAACCUCAGUAUCUUUGGAUGCAAAUACCGCUACCUYCCCGAGAGACCACAUUUAAGGAGAUUAGUUCGAGGCUCUGUCUGUGCUGGAAAACUACUCAUUACACCCCUAAUAUUGGUUCUGGGACUGGCACUGGGAGCUGUAGCUGUUGUAAUAGGUUUAUUUGUGUUUCCUAUCUAUUGCCUUUGUAAAAAACAGAGGAAAAGGUCACGGACAGGUAUGCCCUGGUGAGGAUGGACCUUACUUGCCUGAACUGAGCUGGUCCUGCAAGGGCUAUCCAUGUUUUGUGCAACAGAGCAAUACAGUGCUGGUUACAGCAUCAAAGCCACCGCCCUGGAAGAAGAAUGGGGGCUCUCCUGCCAUCUUCCCUCAGCCGAAAACACUACUGCAAACCAGAAAGCCUCUUUGCUCUGGUGCACUCUCAACAAGAUGGGCCCCCUGACUGCUGCUUUUUAAAUGUUUUUGGUUUUGUUUUUUUUUUUUUUUAGUUAUUACUUUGGAGGGGUUUUUUUGAGUCUAAGUUUCUGAAACAGACAAUCCAAGUCUGUGUUGUAGCCACAACUCUAGUACCGAUUUGGCCUGUGAAGAAAGCAUUUAACUGCUAACAUGUGCUCGUUUAACUUCAGUGUUGGCCUUUAAAGGGGGAAAUGCUUAGAAGUGUUUGGACUCUUACUGUAUACUGAGCAUAUUACUUUUGGUAUUAAAAACUACUUCUGUAAAUAACUUCCAUCACACAGCAUUCUGUUCAGCAUACCRAAACCCCAUCACAUGCCAGAGCACGACAGCUGGUUAUCUUCUGAGUCCUCCUGCUAGUGGAGUGUACAUUGCCACCGCCAAACUGCAGUGCCUCAGAGGGAAUACCCUUAGUACUGAAGCGCCGUGAUAUUUAAGAAUAUGGUGAUUGGUUUCACUUCAGUAAUUUAUUUAUGACAGUCUAUUAAUAUUAAUGGUAGGGGGUGUGACAAGAUUUGUUACAACAGGACUUCAUUUUUAAAUUCUCGCAGUACAGRAAAAAUUUCAAGGGUUUGGAUAACAAGAUGUGUCAUGGGCCUGAUCUGUCUCAAGAUAUCCCUGAAGUGUGUUUGCAGGGAAGCUGGAAACUUGCUCUUCUAUUCUGACUUGGAAUAUGAUACACACGUUACACACUACCUGUGUGAAGAUUGACUUGAUGAAAUUUUAUAACCUAAAUAGCACAUUUYGUUUGUUUGUUCCUUUGAGUAGGUUACUACUUCGUAAGUUUUGAAAUAUCCACUGAUGUCUCAUGAGGAAAGUCUGUGAAUCCAGGGUAAGGGGAGGGAUCAUGAAUUCUUAGGAGACCACUUCAUUCUUAUUUUCUGCUUCCCCUGUUUCUCUUCCUGGUGCAUGACAGUUCUGUAGAGAAUAGUUAUCUUUGCUUUCUUUUCUUAACUUCAGAGUUCCACUGUUUGCURCCAAACCUCUUUCUCAGUGCAUCACCACAAAUAUGAUGUAAUUCAGCAUAAGAAAUCAGCUACUGAGAAUUUUUACACUUUUAAUUUUAACUCAAAUUUAUCAUACAAAUAUAACUUAAAAAAUAGAAUAAAAUUUGUGUAGACAGAACACURAAACAAUAAGGAACUGAAUAAGAAAAAUAUCUACUUUAUACUGUAAAAAUACAGGCUAAUCUUAAAGAAGAUUGGAUUUGUACUGUGAAGGUACUUUUUUCAGUGUGUGUGUUUGAAGAUACACGUAUAUGUAUAUAUAUGUUUGUGUAUAUAUUGGAGAAGGGGGAAGAAAGAAGAUGGGAAAUGUCCUUAAGAGUCUACAGACUUCAAAAUACAGGCUUGCAAAUAACCUAUCAUUUCAGAGGAGGUACUUUGUACCACUUUCUUUGGAAAUUGUUGUUAAAUCUGAAUGCGGUUGUAAUUUUUAAACAAAUAGUAUUCUGCCCCACCAACAUAAUACUGUUACAAGAUACUUACUUUGACUUUGAAGCCUCAGUGCAAGAAGCUGAUGACUUUUGUUUACCUGGAAACACAAAUAUCAGCUUACCGUAGUUGGCUAGUAUGCUUGUUUUCUGUCAGCUUCUGGUUUUGUUUUCUUGCAGGUUUGUUUUUUUUUCUUUUUGAAAGUGUGUACAAGCACACCAUAGCAGUCAGUAACUAUUCAAUAAUUUCCAUUUGAAUUUAAGGGCAUGUUGACCCUGUUACCCUAGCAGUAGAAAUAGUACUUUUCAAAGAUUUGCAAAUUAAGCAGGAAAGCAAUGACAUUUAGAAAUAAAAUUCAAAACCUAUUGUCAAUGCAAAUCCACCUGUUAAUUAGACUUACUUUCUUCUGAGGCACAUYAGUUUUAUAUUUGUGUUCUGUCUGAGGUUGGAAGCUGCCUUAAAAUUGGUCUUGGUUUUGUGUUUUCUGAGGCUAUACAUAUCAGUUGUCUUUGGCUUACUCAGGGAUUUUUAUUCCUCUCUUUAAAUGUCAAAUAAUGAAGAUAUUUUUGUAUUAUUUAGAAAAACCUUCAGACCUCAGAGAGCGAUAUAUAUAAAUAGAUUUGGGUUUGCAAUGCAGUCUAUAACAUGGUGUCAAACUAUUCCACUUGAGAAUAUUUUAGUACUUGAGAUUAUCUGUAAUUUACUACACAGUGGAUUAAUUUUCUUUCUUUUCCUGAUUCUGUAUAAAUGUGAGAUUUUUCUGGUCUUUGUAGCUGUUUUCACUCUGCCAUGUUUGCCAUUUUCAGUUUUUAACUAGAGUUCAGUAAGAUCUGAAACUAAGACAAAUAAAGAGCAUAAAAGGGAAGAUAAUAGAUCUGCACUUACUUCUAUUCAGAAACCAUAACCCUGUGGAUGGAGAAAAGGAGCAUACAACUCAGCUCCUACAUUAUCAUUUCAUCUAGACCAUUUUGAUUUUAUCGGAAUGGAUUAAAUCAAAGGGAAAUGGUUCUCAUUUUCUAAAGAGAGCAAAAAGAGUCAUCUUUGACCUUGUAAAGAUGACUAAGUCUGUGCUUUUGCUGCAGGGAAAAAAGAAGGAAUUAAAAUAAUUUUUACUUUUUUGUCAAACAGAAUAAACUUUCAAGAGGCAUAGUAGGGAUAUGGAGAUCUUUUUCCAUCUGUAUAAAAUAUUACCACUUGAAAAGUACAUAAAAACAAUUGUUAUCAAUAUUAUAUAACAGAAUGUACUGACACAUGAGAAGUACUUAGCUUCAUUUGGUUAAACAUUAGCUUUUAAACAACUCACCACAGAAAACCUUACACACAUCAAAGCCAUAUCAUUUGUUUUAAAAGCAUUUGUUAGUUUGAAAGAAAUUCAGUGAACUUUAAUAAGGAAAUUCAAGGAUGUUUUUAUCAUGUUGAUGUGUUGUGGCUUUUGUAACUACUCUAAAGAAAUUAUCAAGCUGUUCUACUCCAUCUUUAUUAGCAGAAAACUUCAUCAGGCAGCUAAAUUAACCUGCUAAGGCAGAUUUCACACUACUGUAUGCUGAUCAUUACUGCUCAUUGUGUUUGCUUUCACCAGUUAAUAUUUAAAAUUAUUUAUUCUUGUACAAAGUUUUUGCUCAUCAAUACCUGUAUUCAGACUAGAAAUGUUGGAUCUGUUCUACACUUGCCUUCCGUUCCAAGCUUGCCUGGGGAUGGAUUUGCCCGUGUGCAGUCAKAGCUGGGGCCCUCCCCAUGGUGCCAUGCUGUGUGUGCCCCAUCCUGCUCCUGGGAGGGCUGGCUGCACACACCACCCCAACGGGCUGCUCUCCUUUUCACCACUAUGCAGAAUUKAGUUGAAUCUCAUUAAUGGGGUCAGCUUCUAGGGCGACUCAGCCAUAUCAGCAGCAGGAUCAUUCUGAGUCCUGUGGCGUCUCAGAGCAUAGUUUGGUAUAUAUGCAGAGUUUGUUCAUCCAGGAGCUUGUGACUGGAAAAUGACUGUUUUUCCUUGUGUCAUUCUGUUAGCCAGUGGGAGUAAUAAGCUGAGUAGGAAUACAGACAAGAGGCAGAAGAGCAGUUCUGAGAAGCCUUGUGCUGAGCUGACCCAUCAGGUUUAGUUCCAUGCUAGACAGGCAGUGAGUCUUCAGCUCUCAGCACUUCUCAGCAUAUUCAUACCUCUUCAGCGUCAUUAAAGUACCAUGCACUUUGAGUGAUCUAUUCUCUUCCUCUGAGRCAAUGCAAAUGUGUAAGGGAAGAUUUUGGGUUUGGUUUUGAUGUUACUAAUGCUGAGUUCAUAACUCUUCCUGCUAUGUUAGAGUUGUUUUUUUGGUUUU